CGUCCUGGGGGAGGAGGGUGCCCUCGGGACGCGGGCCCCACUGCCUCGCUGGCCCCGCAGAGGCCGCUUCCCUGCACCUGAGCCCGUGGCCAGAACCCAAGAAUCUCCUAACGCAAGGGCAGAAGGGCUGGCCUGUCCAUCCUCGGAGCUGGGGCUUGGCCCCUGAGCCCGCACCCUUGCCCACCGGCAGUGUGGCCGUGGUUAUUUUGGGAGAGGUGACAAGCGCUCAUGGUCCUGGGAGAGGAGUGUCUUAGGCUGGGACUUAGGGCUGUAGGACAGAGACCAGGAGCCACAGCCAGUCCUGCUGCCAGGGAGGCAGAGCCUGCUGGCCGUGGCCAUUAUCAGCUGCCAUGGUCCGUGCCAAGGAUGUGAGCCGGGCUCAGGGAAGAUGAACAGCAGCCCCUGGCAGCCGCCACCGUCAGUGCCGUGCCAGGGAGUGGGCGGGGCCUGAGGCCAAGAGAGGUUCCUGGUGAGCCCGGCUGUCCUCCGGGGCUGACGUGCUGCCCUGCUGGCCUCCAGGCGGCGAGGGCCGUUCAGGCUCUGGUCCCUCAGUCAUUCGCAUCAAUAGAAGGUGCCAAGGGACAGGCGUUGCCACAAACAGUACUAUUUCUGUUUGGUUUGAGUCUGUUUUGUACUUAUAUUUGAAUAUUAUGGAAGCCUCUUCCAGGAGGAAGUACAGACUCAAUGAGCAAGCGUCUGCUCUAUGCACUGUCAUAGGAGCUGGGGACACAAAUGGACAAACUGAUAGCUGUAUGACAUGUCGGGUGGUGACAGACGCCAAUGAAGGGCAUGGAGGGUGCUGUCGGGAGCAGAGCCAUCAGGGAGGACUUCUGAAACGAGAUCCCACCUGCCCUUCAGUCUGAUGCCCAUCCAGCCCUCCGAACCCCCGGAAUGGAAUGAGUCCAUGCACGCCCUCCGGAUAAGUGUGGGCGGCCUUCCUGUGCUGGCGUCCAUGACCAAGGCCGCGGACCCCCGCUUCCGCCCCCGCUGGAAGGUGAUCCUGCCGUCCUUCGUGGGUGCCGCUCUGCUCUGGCUACUCUACUCCCACCACCCGGCCCCAGGCAGGCCCCCACCGCCCAGCGCCCGCAGCUGGAGGCUCAGCCAGGCCCCCGCUACCCAGUGCAAUGAUACCUACCCGCUGUCCGCCCCCCAGAGGACGCCGGGCGGGACUCGGUACCGGAUCGCCGUGAUCGCUGACCUGGACACGGCCUCAAAGGCCCAGGCUGAGAACACUUGGUUCAGUUACCUGAAGAAGGGCUAUCUGACCCUGUCCGACAGUGGGUACAAGGUGACCGUCGAGUGGGACAAAGGCCACGAGGUCUUGGAGUCCCACCUGGCAGAGAAGGGGCGGGGCAUGGAGCUGUCCGACCUGGUGGUCUUCAACGGGAGGCUGUACUCCGUGGACGACCGCACAGGGGUUGUGUACCAGAUCGAAGGCACCAAGGCCGUGCCCUGGGUCAUCCUCGCCGACGGCGACGGCACCGUGGGCAAGGGCUUCAAAGCCGAGUGGCUGGCUGUGAAGGACGAGCAUCUGUACGUGGGCGGCCUGGGCAAGGAGUGGACCACCGCCACGGGGGAGGUGCUGAACGAGAACCCCGAGUGGGUGAAGGUGGUGGGCUGCGGGGGCAGCGUGCGCCACGAGAGCUGGGUGUCCAGCUACGACGCCCUGCGGGCCGCCACUGGGAUCCAACCCCCAGGCUACCUCAUCCACGAGGCCGCGUGCUGGAGCGAGCUGCUGCAGCGCUGGUUCUUCCUGCCGCGCCGCGCCAGCCACGAGCGCUACAGCGAGACGGACGACGAGCGCAAGGGCACCAACCUGCUGCUGAGCGCCGCGCGGGACUUCCGCGACGUGUCCGUCCGCCGCGUGGGCCAGCUCGUCCCCACGCACGGCUUCUCGUCCUUCAAGUUCAUCCCCAACACCGACGACCAGAUCAUCGUGGCCCUCAAGUCCGAGGAGGACGGCGGCCGGGUGGCCAGCUACAUCACGGCCUUCACGCUCGACGGGCGCCUCCUCCUGCCGGAGACCAGGAUCGGAAGUGUGAAGUACGAAGGCAUAGAAUUCAUCUGAGCGCGGGGCGCGGGGCGCGGCGCGAGGCCGAGGGGGGCGCGCUCACGCCGCGUCAGGACUCAGCUUGAUAAACGCGGGACUGCACUUCUCUGUGGCGUUCCGUUUGUCCUGUCUCUGCUCGAGAGUCUGAGGUGCGCU